CCAUAUCUCUUCUCUAAAGCUCAUAAUCAUCUAUUUGAUCUCAAGCUCAUUAUUCUCUUACUAAAAAAAGUCGCUUUUAAUUCUCUUCAUCAUCUUCUUCCCUCAUAGAAUCAGCUUCUAAACCUAAUUGUUCCAGGUUAUUACAAAGCGAAGUUCCAAGUUCGUCAUAUCAAAUCUUCUUGAGAUCUUCUUGAGAUCUUGAUGAAAUAAAGUCUUAAUUUCUUGGAACAUGGAGAAGCUUCUUAACCCGUACGAAAAGCAGUACAUGAAAAUGGCUAUGCUUAAACACGAAGAAACCUUCAAGCAACAGGUAUAUGAACUUCAUAGGUUAUAUCAAGUCCAGAAGAUAUUGAUGAAGAACAUGAAGAUCAACAAAGGCAAUCAUGUAACUCCAGGACCAGGGACUUUCAUCAGACGAGUUGACCAUGAGAUUGACCGGCCGGUGAAUUUUCCCGCCCGAGGUGAAUCCGGUGGUAAUGAUAUAGAGAUUAUGGACGAGAGUGAGAUCGAGCUAACGCUUGGACCGUCGUGUUAUAGUGGUGAUUUGAUGAGAAUGAACAAGAAGAAGAAGAAUUCUUCGCCGGAGGUGAUGGGCAGGAAUUUAAAUUCCGGUCGCCGGAGUUUCUCGUCGUCUUCAACAGGGUCAAGCAAUAAUAAUCACAACAAUAUUGAAGAACAAUUGAGUCAAGAGAGAUUGACGAAACAUCAAAAGCAGAAGCAGCCGUGGCUUCAAGCAUUGACCUUGAAUGUUAUUUGAUAAUAAAUAGUAUUCAUAUUUAACUAUAUUCUGAAAUAGAUUUGAGUUUCUUUCCAA